AUGUCCCAGGAGGCCCUCUUGCCUCUGCCACGGCCACAGCAGAGGGUGUGUGCCGGGUUGGCCCCAGGCUGGCCCGGGGCUGAAGCUAGCCCCUCUCUGAGAGGAAGAGUCACACAUUCGUACCGUGGCAAAGCCCUCACACACACAAGAGCUCACUUAAUCCUCACAGCCAACCCGCGGCGGCGUUACAGUUACUAUCAGUGGCCCUUUUCCAGACUCUUCCGGACAGCCAAACUGGGUCACGCCUUUUUCUGGACCCUGGAGACACAGAAAUGCACAAGGUGGACACAAUCUCUGACCUGGAGGAGUUUAGGAGUGCAAGGGGCACAGCAGCGUGUGUCUGGUACUGUAAAGGAUGGGCGCAAGGCAGCAAGGAAACAGGGAAGAAGCGUCCUGUCUAAGAGCAUCCAGGCAAGGCUACAGAGAGGAGUGGUGUCCCACCUGGAUCAGGAAGGGAGCAACAACUGGCCAGGUGGAGUUAGCAAGAGUGACAACCCAAAUAUAAGCUCUCUGCAGUCUCUUACUGUGUACUCUGGCUUCCCUGGUGGCUCAGCGGUAAAGAAUCCGCCUGCCAACGCAGAAGACGUGAGUUUGAUCCCUGGAUGGGGAAGAUCCCCUGAAGAAGGAAAUGGCCACCCACUCUAG